GAGGAUGCUGGAAUGAUAAAGCAUCAUGCAUCUAAUCUCUUUUGAGAAUUCCGCUGAACUGUUUUCUGAUGGACGUUUGAAUUAUUUACACGGCACGGACACGUGGAUAUGUAUGACUGUUGCUUCCGAACAUCAUUCGACGUUAUCAUUAUAUUGUAUCGGUGUUGACACGAUAAUGCUGUUGUUUGCGUUUAUCAUGACUAAAGUGCAACUAACCUUGUCCCCAAGCUAUUGCGCAUAUAAAGCGGAAGUGUCUGGGGACGAGAUUAUAGCGAAACCUGGGGUUAUUUCCAAGGUUCUUUACAUGAGUCAUAUUACAAUAAUUGAAUUGUAACCACAUUUCAACGUCAAGACUCAAGAUAAUGUUUUAUUGAACAACAAUAAUAGUUUAGAAGGCUUUAGUGAGAAAAUGCGGUGUAAUUAUCUUUCUGCCAUUUUUGUUGUUGCGUUUUCCACUUAUUGUUCACAUUCUAAAGAAAACUGUUCUUACAUAGAGAAACAAACUUGGCGAUGGUGAUACCAAGAGGAUAACUUCAACUUCAGGACAGCCACUGCCUUCAUCUGACACUUGCCUUCGUUGGACCGUGGACCCUAGUAAACCUGACCGAAUAACUUCAUAAUUCUGUUCUUCCAGCUGAUGGAAGAGAAGACACCCAUCAAGCUUGCCAUGGUGUCCAGACUGCCUAAGUUCGGUGUCCGCCCCACCACGGGGGUCACCAGCCCCCUGCCCAAUGGAACCACCCCUUCACCCCAAGACAGCAAGACCACCCCUCCAGCAAGACCCAAUGGGGUGGUCCGUGCCUCCUCCUUCUCUCUAAAAUGGCGGAAAGACGGUGGCAGUACUCCAACCACCCCCACUAGCCUUGAAGAUGAUGCAUGCCCAAAGGAGGGAGGGGACAAGCCCAAGACUCAGCACUCCACAUGGGGGAGGGAGAUCAAGAAACCAUCCCCAUCCACCCCUAAGAGGGUCAGGAGUUCUGGUUCGUCUGAGUCAUCUACUUCAAGCCCCAGGGCCAUCCCCCGCCAAGUCACAAAGACCAGCCCCAAGGCAGGGCCCAGACAGGGGCAGAGCGCUUCCUUCAGUGGAGGCCCCAAACUAGGCCAAAAUGGAGCUACUGAUGGCUCAGGACAGUCAGGUUUAGGGCUGGUGAGGCCACGGGCCAGCUCCAGCUCCCCGCGCAGCAGCUCUAGAGAUAGCCUGUCCCAGUCCAGUGACAGCCUCAAGUCUCUCACACUGGACAACAUGGUGCGCUCGCAGAGUUUCACUCACUUCAAGCAGAUCCCGUCCCCGACCAACUUGCCCAUGGCACGCUCCUUCUCCUUUAACCGGGCAGUGGAGCUGGCCAAGCCUCUGGCCAACACCCAGCUACAACCACCCAGGACCAACCACAUCAGACCCCACCAGCUGUCGAAUGGGAGGCAGGGCCUGGGGAUGGGCCUCGGCCUGGGGACAGGGCUGGGGGGGCUUCAGUAUCCUAGGAGCCUCUCUUCAGCCGGCUCCCCCUCCACAACCCCUAGUGCCCUGAAAAAACCUCUUCUCCCCAACUGUGUUCUGAACAAGCCUUCUGCUCUGGGCUAUAGACUGACACGGCCUGGCCAGGUCAAGCAGCAGAAACCCCUGUUUACAGGGAGGGUGAAGGGGGAGGUCAGGGCUGGAGGAGUGGGGGACGGGGAUAGGGCAGAGUCACCCCCCCUCACCCUCACUCCAGACCCCCUUAGUGACAGCGACAGGACCUCAGGGGGGCAGCUCAGGGGGACAGGGGAGGGGCUAGAGGACAUGUCUCUCUCCUCAGCCUCAUCGCUCUCUCGAGGAGACACCAGCGAGGAGUUCUUGGAUGACUUUAAUAACCUGGCUGAUGGGGAUGUCCCAGACAACAGGACGAGAGGUAGUACUGCCACUCAGACCCGCCUGCGGAGCUUCCUGAUUGAGACCAUGGACUGGAAUGAGAUGGGCCUCUCAGGGCAGAAGGAGGAAGUUGGGGUGAGGACAGCCCUUGACAUCCUGCCCCCAGAGAGGGGAGACUUCCUUCAGGGCUUGUCUCUGGAGCUGUCCCCCUCCAACAGCUCGGGGGGCACCUACAUGUGGGACGAGGAGGAUCUGGAGCCCCUGGGACCCAGAACACACCCAUGUGAGAGCUAUGACGACUCAGACCGCCUCAACAGCAUGGACAUUCUGAACAACCUGGACCCCCUGGAGACAGCUGACCUGGAGGAUGACGACCUCAUGCUGGACGUGGACCUCCCUGAGGACGGCUCUCUACGAACACAGACAGCAGGGGCUCCAGACGCUGAUGAGAUGGCCCAUUCUGACCGCUCAGAGAGGGGGGGACGAAAGGGUCACUGGAGGAGGAGGCAGCCUCGCUGGAAUGAACUAGACUACUUCCAUAAUGACAACAGGGGUCCAGUGUUCCAGCAGUAUGAGGGUUACACUUGUCAUGGAGGGUUCAUGGUUGGCCCCCGUCCUCUUCCUCCUGUAGGGAGACACGAUGGCUACUCGGGGGCGCUGGACGAGCUCACACUCAAACACAUGGCCCAGGACUGCAGCUCUGUGAAAAACAAGCUGCUCAAACUCAAGAUUUUAUUACAGAUGGAGGAUGGAAGCCCAGAGCUUGUGAAAGAGGGCGAGGAGGUUGAGGAGGAUAACAGCACAACUAUACAGUUGGAGGAGCUAAUGAAGGAGGUGCGGGUGCUCAGGGAGGAGCUGAGGGAUAAGGACAGGACAAUCACGCAGCUCACACGACAGCAACAGGCGUCUGCUCAUGCUGACCAGCCUGUGAGCUGUCACUGUCACCAGAGGGCACCGUCGCUGGAAGAGGACAGACAGAUGCACCAAGACAAGGCCACACAGACCCCCUGGAGAGGACAAGGAAACAGCCCUGCCGGUGUGCUGCCCGCCCCCUUCCUCUCCCCCUGGCAGAGCCAGUACCAGGGGCCGCCCCGCACCAGCAUGCCCCAGCGCAGACAGAGAAUGGAGCACGUUGUGCAUUACAUCACUGACAAAGCGUGUAUGGGAGAUGACCACCAGGUGGAGCUGUGGGCCUAGUCAUCCCAUUGCCUCUGUCAGGUUACUGCUGGAACAGACGCCUCCCUGGUCUCCUGUUGGAUGUUUGAGGCGGACUGCCUUGGCCAGACCAGGGCCAUCAUAAGUAUGUUCCCUUUGGCUUAGGAGGGAUUCACACAGAGCAGGGUUGGGCUCAAUUCAGUUUGUAGGCAGUCAAUUCAGGAAGUAAACCAACAAUACAAUUCAAUAAUCGAAAUAGGAUACUUGUUUUUAAUGACUUCUCAAUAAACUGAAAGGUAGAAGCACGUUUUUUUCUUCUGAUUUUAAAUUCAAAUCACUUCCUGAAUUGACUGCCCAACCCAGCCCCACCCUGACACAGGGCCCUGGAGCACAACUAGAGUACUGACUCUUGCUAGAUCAUAAAGAUUGCAGCCUCCUAAGGAUUUGUAGGAUUUAGGAGGAUGAUCAUCACAAGAUAGUCCCUUUUUAUUGACUGCAGGUUCACAGACAAUAAAGGACUUGAAAGCAUGAACUUGUUAAGGACUAGGAGCAGAGGAGGCUGGUGGAAGGAGCUAUGGGAGGACUGGCUCAUUGUAAUGGCUGGAAUGGAAUACAUGGAACGGUAUCAAACAUAUGGAAACCGCUUGUUUGGCUCCGUUCCAUGUAUUCCAUUCCAGUCACUACAAUGAGCCAGUCCUCCUAUAGCUCCUCCCAGCAGCCACCUUUUACUAGGAUGUAUAUAAGCCCACAGACCAGUUAGUGUACCAGUCUGUUUUAUGUCUACAGACAUCUGGUUGAUGUAUGACCCUCAGGCUGUCUGAGAGACACAACCCCGACCACCACAACAUCAAGCCUUCAUUCCCCUCUCCCUGGAUAUCACCACAGGGUAAAGAAGAGUGGAGUGUGGUUGCCCUCAAAACCCUGCUCUAACCAUGGCCUUUCCUUGCUCCAGCCUGGUUCUCUCCCGACAGGAGAAUAAUCUCGUACCACAUACUAACUGAUAGGUCACCCUGAACUCAGGACCCACAACUAGCAGCCAGCUGUGCUCUUCCCUGACUCUACCCAGUGUUAGAUCUGCUGUUUGUCUGAUGCACUGGCCUGUGCUAGGUGGGUGGGAGGACCACUGUUUGACUACUGCUACUACUACUCUCACUGAUUGUUAGAGAGUACAAACAAGUCCUCAGGGCAAAGAAUCUUGGCUCGCUGUCCACAGUCUACAGUUUUCACCCAUUUUAAGGGCAAGUUUUUGUUCCAAGAAUGAAUUGAAAAAGUGAAUGGGGAAACCUCACCUGAAAUUGUAGAUAGAAUACAUUUACAUUGUAAAUGAACAUCUUCAUCAAUUAUAGACCUUUAAGAAGGAUAACUCACUACUGGUGAAUUGAUAAUAAUGUGUAUGUUUUUCGUUUUUCUUCCAUAGCUUCAAAUACUACAGCCUUCCAGCCCCAGCCACCACGAGCACCUCACCCAGGAAAGACUAGUAAAAACAGCCCUCACCGAGGGCCACAGUGACCCCCAGAGAAGGAGGAGCAGGGGAGAUGGGUCCCCUUGCACAGACUCUAA